GGUGGGCGUAGCGGCUUGUGGUCCCUGCACGGCUUCUUAGUGUUUCUUUGAUAUAGAGGUUUUAUUAAAAAUAUAUAUAGAUAUUUAUAAAUAAAUAAAACGGGGUUGUUCGUGGAGCAACUCUGCAAACCCUGUCGCCUGUGUGUUGAGAGGCUGCUAUAUAGAGUUUAGCGCGGCUCAGGUGUGUGAGCCUGGAGCACUUGAACGAUGUAUGAAGAAGAGGAGUCUGCUGAUACCUUGCUGCUCAAUCCCAGCCCUGAAAAGGAUGUAGAGUACCUGUUCCCUGGGGAGGGGAUGCUGUGGAGCGGCUCCUCCCUGGCGGAGGCUCUGCUGCCACUGGUUGAGACCCCAGCUUCACCUCGCUCUCCGUGGCUGUGCUCCACUCGCUACAAGACAGAGCUGUGCACUCGCUAUGCGGAGACGAGCUCGUGCAAGUAUGCUGAGCGGUGCCAGUUUGCCCACGGUCUGCAUGAAUUGCGCAUGCCCUCCCGCCACCCGAAGUACAAGACGGAGCUGUGUCGUACCUACCAUGCAGCCGGCUACUGUGUGUAUGGGGCACGCUGCCUCUUCGUGCACGGCCCUGAGGAGCAGCGACAGGCCUUGCCACGGCGCAAAAACAUCCCGUGUCGCACCUUCUGUUCCUAUGGCAUGUGUCCUUUUGGUUCCCGCUGUAACUUCUUGCAUGUGAAAGGUGAUGCAGAUUCCAGCCAGAUCAAGGAAGGGAGUGAUGCCUGCUCUUGGGCCAAGGAGUGGAAGCCGCGUGGUGCACUGUGCCGCACUUUCAGCUCUUUUGGGUUCUGCCUGUACGGCACCCGCUGUCGUUUCCAGCAUAGCCUACCCAGCUCCUCCGGGAGCCAGGAUCACAGCCUAGGCAUUUUGUGUGCUCCCCAGUGGCCUGAGGCUGGGAGAGCCUUGUCCCUAGCCUCCAAUACAUUGUCAUCCACCUCUUCCUCUCCUCCUGUGUUCUCUGAGGACUCCUCUCCUGUGACCCCACCAGCGCUGUCUUCAGGUCCCUUUGCACACAGUGUCUUUAGUUUCUCUGACCAGCACCUGAAUGACCUACUGCUGCCUCUGGCCUGGAGACUGCAGCAGCUGGACAAAAAGCAGGCCAAUGCUACCAGCUCCUCACAUGGGGAGGAAAAGCCCUUACUAUCUGACUGUUAACGCAGAGUUGUUCAGAGGGAGAGGGACUCUUUGUUGGUUCAAAUAAGGAUAUUGAACAGGAUAGUAAUACCCUCUUCCAGUGUUUAGUGCCUUGGUCUGUACCGAUUCAUCUCCAGAUGUUGACCAGCUGUACUUUUCCUUGCAUCCUACAGUGACUUUUUUGUAUAUAGAACUUAAGUGUUUUAUCUUAACUAAUUUUUUACAUGAUGUACUAUUCAUGAGCCUCUAAUGUGUUUUUAUUUGCUGAUACUUGUACCACCUGGGAUAAUAAACCACUU